AUGAGCUACCUAAGCCCGACCCAGACGCGCGCGGCGGCGGCGGCCCCGUCCCUCGCGGCGGCCGUGGGCGCGGAGCUCGCCCGGCUCGAGGGGCGGCUGGGGCAAUGGGCCGACCCGGACGCGCGCCAGCGGCUCGCCGGGCUCGGCGAGACGGCGGCGGCGCGGGUGCUGCGGACGAUCGGCGAGUCCCGCACGCCCGUCAAGACGCUCUCCGGCUACAUCAGGCACUUGGCGGACAAGGAGGCCAUGGAGCGCAAUGCGAGGGGCAUCCCUCCCGCCGAGAGCGCCGCCUGCAGCUCCGGCCCUUCACACGGAGAUGAAUCUGUGUCUGGGCCACUUUACUAUAGCGAUGAUCAAUAUGAUGUUCAAAGCCCUUACAGAGAGGAAAUAACUUUGGGUAUCUCAAACCAUGCUGGGGUUGCCAACCAGCCAAGGCCUAUCGGCUCGCAAGCUAAUGAGGGUUCUGGCAGAGAAAUUGCUCAUGUGGUUCCAAACCUGUCUGCAAUGGCAGCUCAGACCCCAUCUGGUUGGGUGUCGUUACGAAAUCAGAAUGAGACUCAGAUUAAUAGUCCUAUCCGAUCAAUGGCUGCAUUGACUGCUAUCACGUCGCCGGUUCAAGCACUGCCCUGUAUGGAAGGUGAUAUCCCAUCCGCAAUGACACCUGCUAUGAUGCCGGUUCCAACUCUGCCCAGUACAGCAGGUCAGAACAAAUUGGGAAAGACACCUGCUAUGAUGCCGGUUCCAACCCUGCCAUGGAUGGCAGGUGAGGACCCAGAAGCUUGGAUCCGGCUCCUGAAACAGGACUAUUCUCAUUACCCUGCGAUGACUCCUCUGGUGUGGAACCAGAUACCUGUGCAGAUUAAUAGUCCUUCCCGAUCAAUGGCUCCUAGUGUUAUGAUACAGGAAGGCACCCCAACCACGACAGCAAACAAUAUUCAUACACCUCCAAGAAGUGUGUCCACACCAAUCCAUGUGCGGGAUAUUUCAGGACAAGUUCAGGGAAUUGGUGUUCCCUCUGGAAGCCCACACAGCCCAGCAUGGGCAGGGAUGUCAAGUCCUACAUUCUAUUGUUCUACAUCAAAUGCAUCGAGGGAGAAAGCAAGUCCUCAAAUGGAAGCACUGGAUGGAAUGGAGUUCAGGAAGAUAUUUAUGAUCUUUGCGUACCUUUCUGGGAGGAGGAUAGAAGAUGAACUAUCUGUCGACUAUAUUAGAUCCUUGCAGAGACUUCCCAUGGAUCAUUUCGAGUCACGAAUCUGGAACAAGUUUGGUUGCAAGUAUAUGGAUGUUUCAGACAGAACAAAGAACCUCGAUUCAGACUCAGGUACAGCAAGAGUCUACCAUUGUAAUGUUGAGAUAAGAGGGGAUUAUGCGGUCAAAGUUUUCAAGGGACCAUACGUGGAGACUAGAAGGACUCAUCUGGCAAAAGUUAUUGGUGAUGAUAACGUCCUUGUAGUGAAGAUCAUAGGGGAAUCUUCAAAAGACAAGACUGAUUUUGCACCUUACCAUAAGGUCGCUGAAGAUGGUAUUUUUCUGGGUUUGCGUCGAUACCAAUUUUUCCUUUACAAAGAUGGAGGAAAAGAAGAGAAAAUUAAAGAAGAUAGAAGAUUUGGGGGUCAUGAGAAAUGCACUUCAGCUGUGAGGUGCUACUUUGUUCGGACCGAGUCAGGAUGGAAGAUGGAUGAACCUUAUAUACUCUCUGGCAAAACAAUCAGUCAGGCCCGCAAACUUUUCAUGCAUGUGCAUACCGCUCCCACCUUGGCGAAAUAUAUGGCCAGGUUUGCGUUAAUACUAUCCAAAACUAUCACAUUGGAGGCUGAUUUAUCAGUGGUUCAUGUUAUACAGCUUGAUGAUAAACCUUGCAGCGAUGAAUAUGGGAACAUUGUUGUUCAAGAUGACGAGCCUUUAAUUCAUACUGAUGGAACUGGCCUUAUCUCGGAAGAUUUAGCUAUGAAAUGCUCCACAAGUAUCUCCGAGAGCAAGGAUAUUGUAUCCUGUGACGAAACACCUAUGGUGUCUUCACGUGCGAAGAGGCGUCGGUCUAUCGCGCCUCUUCUUACGCAGUUCCGUAUGUUUUAUAAAGGAGCAGCUGUUAAGGGAACUGCCUUAGUUGACAGAAGGCUUCCUUCUGGAACUAUUCUUAUACGUCCAUCAAUGAUAAAGAUAAAAUCUGAUCCAGAAUUGUGUGGUGUACAGACCGUCAACUCUUUGGAAAUAGUUACAACAAGCAAUCAACCCAAGAGGACAUUAACAUCAAAAUACUUGAUUGCACUACUUUACUAUGGAGGGGUGAAGGCAGAGUACUUUAUAGAGCUUCUACACGAUGCAAUUGAAGGGGCUGAGAAUGCUCGUUAUGGUUACGGUGAUGCACUUAAACUUGCAUUUAUCUAUGCUGACAUGGAAGACUCCAUGUCGGCACGAAUGCUUCUUUCCGGGGUCCCACUAGAAGAUGCAUAUUUGCAAUCUAGACUGGCUACCAUGUCUCAGCUGGAAAGGAAAGGAAUCAAGGAAGGCAAACUACCGAUUAAUGAUUGCUUUUAUUUGAUGGGUACAACAGAUCCUACAGGAAAACUCAGACCCAAUGAAGUUUGUGUGAUACUUGACAGAGGACAAUAUUCUGGAAAAGUGCUUGUCUAUAAACAUCCUGGGUUGCACUUUGGGGAUAUACAUGUAUUGACAUCAAGAUAUAUUAAGGAUAUAGACGAGGCAGUGGGGCAUUCAAGAUAUGCUAUACUUUUCCCUACAUCUGGGCCACGAUCUUUGGCCGAUGAGAUGGCCAAUAGUGACUAUGAUGGGGACAUGUAUUGGGUCUCGAUAAAUGCACAGUUAUUACAGCAGUUCAAGCCUUCUAACCCAUGGAUUCAAAAAAUUAAACCAAAGAAAGCCUGCCAAAUGUGUCCUCAGGUUUUUAAUGAGUCGCUACUCGAGAGGAAUCUAUUUCAUGAUUUCUUGAAAGCAAGAUUUGCCCGCAGUUCUGUACUUAGCACUGCAGCGGAUUGUUGGUUAGUAUACAUGGAUCGACUCAUAACAGAUGAUCUUGAUGAAGGUGAAAGGGAAGUAUUAGAGAAAAAGAUGGAAACAUUAGUAGAUCUUUAUUAUUUGGCCCUGGAUGCUGCAAAGACUGGGAUGAAGAUCAAUGUCCCUUCUGAGCUGAUACCAAAAAGUUAUCCACACUUCAUGGAUCGGAAGCAAUGCUACCAUUCCAACUCCAUACUAGGCAGAAUCUAUGAUGAAGCAGUGAAACUGCAAUCUGAGAAUGUUGGACCAAUCGAAAUAUCGUUGGACCCGCGUUUUAAUGAAAGGGGAACUUCAGAAUGCAAGCCCUUCUGGACACGUCAUUACAAGGAUUACUUGAGAGAGAGUGGGCCACUCAGUGAAAUACAGGAUAAGGAAGAAGUGAACUUAAAGUUUAAUGAACUCUACCACAAGUACAAGCAUAUUCUCUACCAUGCUGCUGAAUUUGAACAAACCCCAAGGGACCUGAAAGAUGUGUUUGAUGAGGCAUGCGCGAUUUAUCAAAUCGCCUACGAGAGCGCAGUGGCUGCUAAAAAACCCGGGAGAUGCAGCUUCGUGUGGAAAGUCGCGGGCCGCGCGCUAUGCCAUUUCUACGCCCUCGAGACUGAGGACGACAAGGUGCUUGUCCCGCUGUCGAUCGCUAAGGGUUUUCUGGUGAAGGGUCGCAAGAAGUAGCAGCAAGGUGCUGCGAAUAUAACUAGAUGCUGUACAAAGUAGGUAUCUACUGUAGCAGUAUAUCAGGGUGG